AUGAUUGCGUUAAUUAUUUCUCACGCCAAGAAAGAGCAAGAGGUCCAAAGUACAGAGCUUACAAGUUCAGAAUUGGACUUAUUUGAUGAACUGGAGGCAGAGCACUCUGUUGCUGUUCCAGACCUUGAGGUGGAGAAAGAUAGAAUUCUUGGAGAGUUGGCUGUGGUGACCAGUCCUCUCAAACCCCCUGUUGUGGAUAUCCCUAUCCAUUUUGUUCCAGGCUCGUCAACCAUAGCCUCCUUUGCUGAUCCAGAAUUGGCAGAGUUUGAAGCCAUGGACUUGGAUGAUCAGCUGGACAAACUUGACAAACUAGGGGCUACUCCAAGCAAGGCUAAGUCCAAAGUAGUGGAUGAAGCAGUGGAUAGAGGAGAGGCAGAACAAGCUUGGCGCUGGACUGGAUUAAGGGAGAGGCAGACCAAAGCCACCUUUCUUGUGCAGAGCAUGGUUUCAGCUUCAGAGAUUGUAGAGGCCUUUAUCCAUCAGGGAGUGCUCCUUCAAAAAGAAAUAUCCAUCAAGAAGACUGGACUGUAG